AGCUAUUGGCUGGGUUGUGCAAAAAGUCUUAAAUCUUCAUGUUGCAAUUUUAAUUUGUUGCAUCUCUCGGAAUUAAAAACACAGAAGAGUAACCUUCAAGGCAGCUACCACUUGAAGUCAAUGUCUAUGCUAUAUUGCCAACAUAUUUUAACCUCACACUAUCCAUUAUUGUUAUUAAUAAUGAUAUGCAUUGAUAUCAUAUGAUGAUGAUUCUACUUUAAAUUAUAUAGUUAAUUAGUUUCCACAGAGACUAGUUUCGGUUGGUCACCUUUUUGCUAAAUGAAUAGUGUUUCAACCUUCAAAGAAGAAUAUAAAAAUUUUAAGAACGUGUUUUCGGUGAGGAACCUUCGUGAUAUCUCGCUAUAUACCUUUUAUUAUUGUUGAAUACCUUGCAAGCAUUAUUGCAAUAUUGUUCUCUCUUCCUUACAUUCUGAGAAUCCAAUCACGCACUGAUUCAUUUGCUGUUGUUGUGAUCUGUAUCAUAUCAUGGCUGAAGCACUUGUUGUUGGAGCUUUAGUUUCUGGCUUCGCCAAUGUUGUUCUUGACAGGCUCAUUUCACCUGAGUUUGUCAACUUGGUGGUGGGCAAGAAGCUGGACCGGAAGUUGGUUGAGAGGCUGAGGACUGCUCUCUUGGCUGCUGAAGCUCUGGUUGCUGACGCCGAGCAGAAGCAGUUUGGAAACGAUCGUGUGAGGAAAUGGCUUGAUAGUCUCAGGGAUGCUCUCUACACUGCUGAUGACUUGCUGGACCGUGUCUUCAUCAAAACUGAAAUUCGCAACAAGGUACGCACUCAUCUUCCUAGCUUCCUUAAUUUGUCUGAUAGGAAGAUGGUGACAAAGAUAGAAGAGGUGGUUAAAACAAUAGAAGAUCUUGAGAAACUCAAAGAUACCCUUGGUCUUGAAAAGAUUCCAACGAGUAGCUCCUCAUGGAGACCUCCAUCCACUUCUCUUGUAAAGGGGAAUGUGUAUGGCAGGGAUGGUGAUCAACAGGCACUAAUCAAGAUGCUCAAUGACAACAAUCAGCAUAACUUUUCCGUCAUCUCUAUUGUUGGUAUGGGUGGGGUUGGUAAAACAACUUUAGCACAAUGGCUGUACAACAAUAAGGAUUUAAUGGACGGGGUGGAUCUGAAAGCAUGGAUUUGUGUUUCUGAAAAUUUUGAUGUUGUUGAGACUACUAAGAAUGUUAUAAAGGGGAUCUCUUCAGGUGCUUGUAGUCUUGACAGCUUUGAUUUACUUCAACAACAUUUGAAGGAAAAACUGUCAGAAAAGAAGUUCUUCAUUGUUUUGGACGAUGUUUGGAGUGAAGAUGUUGACAAGUGGAAUAGUUUUGUCACCCCUUUUCAACAUGGGAGAAAAGGGAGCACAAUUCUUCUAACUACCCGCAAGGAAAAUGUUGGUCGAAUAGUCCAACACUAUAACUCCUACACUCUCAAGGAACUGUCAGAUGACUAUUGUUGGUCUAUUUUUGCGGACAAUGCAACCUUUCCUGAAUCAAAUGGGAGCUUGGAACUGGAAGGAAUAGGUAGAAAGAUUGUCGAGAGGUGUGAUGGUUUGCCAUUAGCUGCAGAAACACUUGGACGCUUGUUGCGCUCAGAGCGUCGUGUUGAAGAAUGGAAUAAAAUACUAUCGAGUGACAUUUGGGAAUUUUCUGUGGCAAAUUGCAAGAUUGUUCCUGCAUUGUUAUUGAGUUACCAUCAUCUGCCUACUCAUUUAAAAGGUUGCUUUGUUUAUUGUUCAUUGUAUCCCAAAGAUUAUCAAUUCGAUAAGGAUGAAUUAAUCCUGCUAUGGAUGGCUGAAGAUCUUUUGCGGCCUCCAAAGAGGGGAGAGACUUUAGAAGAAGUUGGUUGCGAGUGUUUUGAUGAAUUGGCUUCAAGACUAUUUUUCAAGCAGGUCCAUAACUAUAUUCAGAAGUAUUUUGUGAUGCAUGAUCUCAUGCAUGACUUGGCAACUUUUCUUGCUGGAGAUCUUUAUUGUAGAUUUGGUGAAAAAGAAGAGAUGAGUAUUCUAACUCGGCAUUUGUCAUACAAUGAUUCAAUCCCUGAGAAAAUAUGCUCCUCUAGUAAAAGUGAAUCUUUGAGGACAUUAUUGUAUAUCAAUCAUGGAGAUCGUUUCUUGAAAGCACGCGCAACAUUACCAUGUGACAUAUUGUCAAAGAAUAAAUACUUGAGAGUUUUGUCCUUUGAUACACUCUAUAUAUUUCCUGAUUCAAUAGCUAAAAAAUUGAUCCAAUUGCGCUAUUUGGAUCUCUCUUCGAGUGCUGUUAUGAUAUUGCCUGAGUCAUUAUGCAACUUGUGCAAUCUAGAAACUUUAAAGUUAGAAGGAUGUUUAGAGCUGACUAUGUUGCCUAGUAGCCUGGGUGACUUGAUCAACCUACGCUAUUUGGAUCUCUCUUGGAGUUCUGUUAAGAUAUUGCCCGAGUCAUUAUGCAACUUGUGCAAUCUACAAACUUUGAAGUUAGAAGGCUGUUCAAAGCUGACUAUGCUGCCCAAUGGCAUGUAUAAUCUUGUGAAUUUGCGGCAUCUUAAUAUAAGGCGUACGCCUUUGGAAAAAAUGCCAAAAGGAAUGGGCAAAUUAAAACAGUUGCACAUUUUAAGCAACUUUGUGGUGGGAAAGCAAGACAAUGGAAUCCAAGAGUUAGGAGGGCUUUUAAAUCUUCAUGGAUCACUUGAGAUUGAGAAAUUGGAGAAUGUGGUUGAUGCAAAUGAGGCAAGGAGUGCAAGGAUAAUAGAUAAGAAGCACCUUGACGACUUAUUGUUGAAAUGGUCUCUGUCUUCAGGUGAUGAUAUGGUCUCAAACACACAUACUGAUGAACAAGAUAUACUUGGGGGCUUGCAACCACACACUGGCUUGAAAAAGUUGACCGUUGAUGGAUACAAAGGUAAAAUAUUUCCAGACUGGAUUGGGCAUUCCUUGUACCAAAACAUGACAAGUGUAUCUCUAGAAUGUUGCUGGAAUUGCUGCGUGGUGCCUUCACUUGGACAGCUGCCAUCUCUAAAGUCCCUCCUUAUUGAAAGGUUUGAUGAGCUGAAGAGCAUUGGCAAGGAGUUUUACAAGAAUGAAGGCCAUCAACAUUCUUCGCCUAUUGCACCGUUUUUCUCACUGGAGGAAUUGAUAUUUUAUAUUAUGCCAAGUUGGGAGGAAUGGCAGUUACCUGGCUCAGAAGCCUUUCCUCAGCUUAAGAGCCUUCAAAUAAGAGAUUGCCCAAUGUUAAAGGGAGAUAUGCUUAGUCAGGUAUUAGUGAGAAUCGUUUCUUCCUCAUCGGAUGUUUCCAAAGUGCGCCUACUUGGAAUACGAGAACAUUAUCAAGUAUGGCAUAAAGAGAUGAGACUUGAUGGGGAUAGUUUAAGAAUUAGUGGAUUUGAAUCUGUGACAGAGUAUGCAUUUAAGGCAAGGAUCAUCCACCAUCUAACUUCCCUCCAAGAAAUGCUCAUCUCAUGGUGUUCAUCUGUUGUAUCCUUGGGGGGCAAUUGUUUACCCAAAUCUUUGCAAAAGCUCAGAAUAUAUAGGUGCAGCCAAAUUGAAUUACUCCAGCAACAACAGAAAUAUGAUUUGGUAGAUCUACGGAUAGAAGAGAGCUGUGAUUCACUGACCUCAUUGUCGUUGGAUACCUUUCCCAAUCUCCAGAAUCUCCAGAUAGAACAGUGUUCAAAUCUGGAAUCAGUUUCAAUGUCAGAGCCACCACACGCUGCUCUUCAACGUGUCACCAUCAGUCAAUGCUCCAAAUUUGUGUCAUUGCCAUCUGACAUGAAUAGUCUUCUCCCAAACUUACACUCUCUGGACAUACGAGGUUGCCCAAACAUUCGUAGGUGGCCAGAGGGUGGUUUGCCGGCUAACCUGAAAGAGCUUAGUGUGGGAGAAUGCAAGGAACAAGUGAGGGGUCUAUCAUGGAUGGGCAACUUGGACAACCUCACUCAUCUCACCAUCUCAGGUCAUGGCAGUGAGAGCAUAAUAGAGUCAUACCCAGAGGUGGGAUGGCUGCCUCGCCUUCCCUCCCUUACCACUCUACAUAUCCAAGACUUUCAUAAUCUGGAGACAUUGGAGUGCAACGAGCUUCUCCGCCUCACCUCCCUCCAACAGUUAAUAGUUGAAGAGUGUGAGAAGCUGAAGAAUAUGGAAGGAGAAAAGCUGCCUCCCUCUCUCUUACUACUCAAAAUUUUCGACUGUGGUUUGCUGGGCGAGCACUGCAAGAACAAGCAUCAACAAAUUUGGUCCAAAAUUUCCCACAUCCCCACCAUUCAAGUUGAUAACAGACAAAUUCUCUGAGCAGGUGGCUUGUGUACAUAUCAAGAUGUAAUCCUAUACAUUGGCUAUAUAUCUUCAUUUAAUUCUAAGAUCAUUUGAGGUGGUAAUUAAGCUGGAUUAAGGUGUUGGGAACCAGAUACUGUGUUUUCUGAUUUUGGCUUAAUGUUAUUGAAAAGCAAGGACAUGAUGGAGAAAGUUAGAGUAGUGGCACUUAUGAUUGAAAAGCUUUUGUUGUUGUAGGUAUAUUUUUUAUUCCUUGCUAUAAUUUUAUUUUUGCUAUUUUCCACAGAGAAAAACUAAAUGAUAGUUUAAUUUGUGGAAAGAAUUCACAGAAUUGUUGUGUUGCAAGAUUCUUGUAGGACAGUAAUAGGAAUCAGCAUGCAUGAGGUGUAUAAGCUUUCAAAAUAGAAGGAUCAAGUUAUUUCUGUGUAAUCAUUUUUAGCCAUAGAUUGAAUCAUUGGAUAAAGUUAAUAUUAUUAGAUGCCUAUAAUAAGCUAUUCUAAUACCAAGAGUAAAUGUUCUGUACAUAUAUUAAGCUGCGGUGGAAUUCAAAUUAUUCAAGAAAUAUGGUUAAUCAGGUAUUAAUGAGAAUUGUUUCUUCCUCAUCGGAUGUUUCCAAAGUGCGCCAACUGAAAAUACAAGAACUUGAUGAAGGAUGGAGUAAAGAGAUGAGACUUGAUGGGGAUAGUUUAACAAUUAGUGGAUUUGAAUCUGUGGCGGAGUGUGCAUUUAAGGCAAGGAUCAUCCACCAUCUAACUUCCCUCCAAGAAAUACUCAUCUCAUGGUGUUCAUCUGUUGUAUCCUUGGGGGGCAAUUGUUUACCCAAAUCUUUGCAAAAGCUCACAAUCUUUAAUUGCCGCCAAAUUGAAUUACUCCAGCCACAACACAAGUAUGAUCUGGUAGAUCUACAAAUAUAUCAAAGCUGUGCUUCACUGACUUCAUUGUCGUUGGAUGCCUUUCCCAAUCUCGAGAAUCUGGAGAUAGAAUGGUGUUCAAAUCUGGAAUCAGUUUCAAAGUCAGAGCCACCACACGCUGCUCUUCAACGUCUCACCAUCAGUCAAUGCUCCAAAUUUGUGUCAUUGCCAUCUGACAUGAAUAGUCUUCUCCCAAAUUUACACUCUCUGGACAUACAAGGUUGCCCAAACAUUUGUAGGUUGCCAGAGGGUGGUUUGCCGGCUAACCUGAAAGAGCUUAGUGUAGGAGAUUGCGAGGAACACGUGAGGGGUCUAUCAUGGUUGGGCAACUUGGACAACCUCACUCAUCUCACCAUUUCUGGUCUUGGGUGUGAGAGCAUAAAGUCAUACCCAGAGGUGGGUUCGCUGCCUCGCCUUCCCUCCCUCACCACUCUACAUAUCCAAGACUUUCAUAAUCUGGAGACAUUGGAGUGCAACCAGCUUCUUCGCCUCACCUCCCUCCAACAGUUAAUAGUUGAAGACUGUGAGAAGCUGAAGAAUAUGGAAGCAGAAAAGCUGCCUCCCUCUCUCUUAAUACUUCAACUUGAUUUCUGUGGUUUGCUGGGCGAACACUGCGAGAACAAGCAUCAACAAAUUUGGUCCAAAAUUUCCCACAUCCCCACCAUUCAAGUCAAUCGCAGACAAGUUUUCUGAGCAGGUGGCUUGUGUACAUAUCAAGAUGUAAUCCUAUACAUUGGCUAUAUAUCUUCAUUUAAUUCUAAGAUCAUUUGAGGUGGUAAUUAAGCUGGAUUAAGGUGUUGGGAACCAGAUACUGUGUUUUCUGAUUUUGGCUUAAUGUUAUUGAAAAGCAAGGACAUGAUGGAGAAAGUUAGAAUAGUGGCACUUAUGAUUGAAAA